UUAAUUUCAUGGAAAUUAGAACCUCAACUUCAUUUCUCAGGGAACAAGAAACUCACUAUAUAUACCAACUUCACUACUACCAAAACUCAGUUUAGUUUUUCUUUUCUUCUUCUCAUGGAUAUGAUGGGAGAAACUAUCAGUUCUUUACCUAAUGAUUCUACUCUUUUGGAUUUAAUCCAAGAUUAUCUUCUUGAAGAUGAUUUUGAAACCCUAACAAAUACCUCACCACAUAGUUUUCUUGAAGAUGAUUUUGAAACCCUAGCAAAUACCUCACCUCAUAAUUUUCUUGAAGAUGAUUUUGAAACCCUAGCAAAUACCUCACCACAUAGUUUACUUGAAAAUGAUUUUGAAACCGUAAUAAAUAGUACCUCAUUGCCUACAUUACUUGAAGAUGAUCUUGAAACCCCAAAAAAUACUUCACUGGAUACUUUACUUGAUGAUUCAGCUUCUUGUAAACUUGAUGAUUUGCAGGAAACUACAAAAUCGCCACCAAAUGGUCGUUGUCUUCGAGAAGUAGUCACCGCUAAGAAGAAAUUUAAAGGUGUAAGGAGGAGGCCGUGGGGCACAUACGCAGCGGAGAUUAGAGAUCCGAAGAGACAUGGAGCUAGAAUUUGGCUGGGUACUUACGAGACACCAGAAGAUGCGGCAUUGGCUUACGAUAGAGCCGCUUUUAAAAUGCGAGGUGCCAAAGCCAGGCUCAAUUUUCCUCAUUUAAUUGGCUCAACUGAUUAUGAGCCUAUUAGAGUGACUAAUAGCAAACGCUCCUCGCCGGAGCAAUCUUCUUCAUCAUCGAUUUUGGAGCAGCAGGAUGGCGAUUCUCAAAAGUCCGAGAAGAAAAUGAAAAUAAUUAAUUCAAUAGCUAAUGCUGUAGCACAGAAUGUUUACCAGUUUAGCUGUGUCAUCAAUUGCCAAUUUAGCCAAGUUGACUAGAACCAAUGUGUACAUGGGAAUCCUUGAUUAAAUUAAAGAUAUCAAUGUAGUUCUAUUGUAACAGAAGAGACUGGCUGUGGUGAUUCUUUGAUUAAGCCUCUUUCCAUUAUCCUUCUCUUCUACAAAGAUUUCAGAGAGCCGGCUUGAAUAUCUAUAAAAUUGUAAUUUGCUAUAAUGCUCUUUAUAAUUUUCUUUCUCGUUGGAUAAUAAGUAAAAGGAAGAAGAAAAAUUAGCUCCUCGUGUGUCUUAUAUAAAAAAAUUGGGUUUAGCAGAUUUUACCGGUUCAACACCGGUUUUUUACCGGUUCAAUCCGCUUUAAUCCGGUCCAAUACGGUUUAACCAAAAGAUCCGAGCUUUUACUGUUUCAAACCGGACCACCAGCCGGAUUCCAGUUCGAACGGUCAGUCCGGUCCUGUUUUUAAAACACUGCUGUUGAUAUUAAUGAGUUUGUUAAAUAGACUAAUAUGUUAAAAAAUUCUAUGUAUUUAAGUGUAUCAUAUAUCAAAGUAAUAGUAAGGAAUCAUGUACGAAAAAUUAUUUAUAAUAUUUUAUAUAUUUUUAAUA